AUGGGUCUCACCGCAGAAGUAGUACAGGACCAGGCAUCCUCAUCGCAGUCGAGCUCCUCCACAUUGGCAGCGCUGCCUGAGCUGCCCCUCUUCUGCGCGGCCAAGGAGCAUGCGCAGACUCGUCCCGACCACAUCGCCGUCGACGAUGCCACCAAGGGCCAACAGUUCACCUACCGCCAGCUGCUGGCCGAUACGGCCGCAUUGAAGCAGCGUCUGCUGGAGACCCUCACGCUCACGGAGACCGGGGAUAUGGCGGAGCGUCGGAUCGCGUUCCUGGUGCCUAAUGGCUAUGAUUACGUUGUGACACAAUGGGCCGUCUGGGCGGCGGGGGGUGUGUGCGUGCCACUUUGUACCUCCCACCCCGUGAAAGAGCUCCUGUACACGAUCGGGGACUCGGACCCCUCUUUGAUCAUUCUGCAUCCCACCUUUGCCGGAACCCAAGACGCUUUGCUGCAGGGGCUCAGCAGCAGUAGCAGCACGAUCCCGUUCAUGCACCUCACCCCAUUCCAACAGAAACCGGAGCCCGAACUCGCCUCGCUCGCCAUGCCCGCCUUCUUCCCUCGGCCGCCCGCACAAUGGGCCCUGACACGCCGGGCAUUGAUGAUCUACACCUCCGGCACGACCGCCAACCCGAAGGGGUGCGUGACCACGCACAAGAACAUCACGUUCCAGGCGCGCAGCCUGGUGGAGGCGUGGGAGUACACGCCGGCGGACCGGCUCAUCCACGUGCUGCCGCUGCACCACGUGCACGGGAUCAUCAACGGGCUGGCGGCAUCGCUGCUGGCGGGCGUGACGGUGGAGAUGCACCCCAAGUUCGACCCGGCGACGAUCUGGCGGCGGUGGGCCGAGGGCGGGUCGACGAUGUUCUUCGCCGUGCCGACCAUCUACUCGCGGCUGGUGGACGACUUCGAGGCCCGCCUGCGCGGCACCCCGCAGGAGGCGGCGGCGCGCGCGGGCGCCCAGGCCCUGCGGCUGGUGGUCAGCGGGUCCGCGGCGCUGCCGACGCCCAUCAAGAAGAAGUUCGCCGCGUGCACGGGCGGCCAGGUGCUGCUCGAGCGCUACGGCAUGACGGAGAUCGGCAUGGGCAUCAGCUGCGGCUUGCCGGUCGAGCAGCGCAUCGACGGCAGCGUCGGCUGGCCCCUGCCCGGGGUGCGGGCGCGGCUGACGGAGAAGGAGACCGGGCGGAUCAUCGAGGGCGUGGACGAGGACGGGAUGAUCGAGAUCAGCGGCGACAAUGUGUUCCGCGAGUACUGGCGGCGGCCCGAGGCCACCGCCAAGGAGUUCACGGAGGACGGGUGGUUCAAGACGGGUGAUGUGGCGCGCCGGGACGCGCAGGGCGCGUACUACAUCCAGGGCCGGGCGUCGGUGGAUCUGAUCAAAUCUGGCGGGUACAAGAUCUCGGCGCUGGAGGUGGAGCGGAAGAUGCUGGGGCUGGAUGCGAUUCAAGAAGUGGCCGUCGUGGGGCUGGCCGACGAGGAAUGGGGCCAGCGGGUGGCGGCGGUAGUGAAGCAACGAGCCGGGACCGAGCCGCUGGAACUGGGCAGUCUGCGCGCGCAGCUCAAGCAGGAGAUGGCGGCGUACAAGGUGCCGACGGUGCUGAAGCUGGUGGAUGCGAUUGAGCGCAAUGCCAUGGGCAAGGUGAACAAGAAGACGAUAGUGAAGAAGUAUUGGCCGGAGUUGGCUGGGUGAUUAGAUAGACUGAAGAUUAGAGUGAAAGCAUGUGCGGUUGGCGAUGCACAAAUAAAGAUACCUUGAUCAUGGAUGAUAUUCUUGUCCGGGUUCCUUCGACAGCCGUCAGCUUGACAGCAUCGAGUAC